CAUUAUCUGACACAGUAGAUUUACUUCCUCCUCUGAUGGUGGAAACCGUUCUUCCAGUGUGGAUAUUGGAGGUUUUUUGAAGAUAUUCACAGUAAAGGAGGAUAUUCUGCUGGAAGAGUCUCAUCAUGCAGACUAAUGAGCCGCUGGAAGAUAUCAGAGAUACAUCGGUGAAGCGCAUUUAUUUCUCCAGUGGAGAAACUCUGACAGAUGAAGACAGUGAGGAAGAGGAGGAUCUUCAUCAAGCAGCAUCAUGCGUUUCUGAGCCGGGAAACUGGACAUGGAAAGAUCAUUCUCGGAUUUGGGGAUCGCGUUUUUUAAAGAAGUCUUUGCAAUGCUGUGAUUUCCUUGGAGAGAGAAUGGCUGGUUUGCUGGGUCUGAAUGCUGCCAAAUAUCAAUAUGCCAUUGACCAUCACAGAGAUCAUAAGGGCGAUGCUGGAGCAGAGCCUUGUAGUACGAACACCAGCAUGAAUGAGGAGAAAAUCAAUCUGUCACAAAUGGCAAACAAACAAUACGGAGCCACAAAUACAGCAGACGCGACACAGAAACACACACCACAGUGUAAAGGAGAACAGAAUGAAGGAUUCAACUCUAUCGAAUGAUGAAUCUAGAAGUUUAAUAUUUGAUCAUAGACUAAAUCCUGCUGUCUGCCUCACAGUAUAUUAAAUCGCAAUAAGGGAUUUCUAUCCACUCAGAGCAUAAUAAAUAAACUAUUUGCUUUAAUCUAUCAAAAAACUCCAGAAAAUUACGUCAUUUAUUUAUAUAAAAUGCUUAAGUGCUAUACAAUAUGAGAAAGGUUUUUAUUUUGACCUGUGCUUCAUUUGUAAUACUUAUAAACAAUUAAUUGGUGUUUUGAGGGCGACGCAGUGGCGCAGUAGGUAGUGCUGUCGCCUCACAGCAAGAAGGUCGCUGGUUCAAGCCUCGGCUGGGUCAGUUGGCGUUUCUGUGUGGAGUUUGCAUGUUCUCCCUGCCUUCGCGUGGGUUUCCUCCGCGUGCUCCAGUUUACCCCACAGUCCAAGGACAACAUGCGGUACAGGCGAAUUGGGAAGGCUAAAUUGUCCUUAGUGUAUGAGUGUGAGUGAGAGUGUAUGGAUGUUUCCCAGAGAUGGGUUAUGGCUGGAAGGGCAUCCACUGCAUAAAACAUGUGCUGGAUAAGUUGACGGUUCAUUCCGCUGUGGCGACCCCAGAUUAAUAAAGGGACUAAGCCGAAAAGAGAAUGAAUGCAUAAUUGGUGUUUUGGGCUGUGAUCUUUAAAUUGAGUAUUUUAAUGCUGUCAAAUUAUUGGUAUUCUAAUUUAGUAAUCGUAAUUAAUCGUAAUUUAGAUCAUUUUUCUAUUGAAGAUAUAUACACUGUCUAUGUUUUAGUGUGAGUGUCUUCUGUUUGCAGAGAUGUAUAGUAAGGAAGUAGAACUACUUCACUACUGUACUUAAGUACUAAAAGGCUGUAUCUGUACUCUACUGGAGUAUUGUUUUUUCUCCUACUUCCACUUUUACUUCAGUACAUAUUUUCGAUGAGUUUAAUACUUUACUCUGAUAGAUUUUAUAUGUGCUGCAUCGUUACGCAUUACUAGGGGUGUCAAAAUUAUUGAUAUCGGUUCAGUAAUAGAUCAUAACCGGUUAUUAUGUACUGACAUAAUUUAUCUCCUAUGCGCGAUGUCGCAGUAGAAUACUAUGGCGAAGGAGGCUUGGGCGAGUAAAUAACGCUACUACUACAAUGAAGGCGGCACAGCACAUGAGCCGCUAUUUCACUUACGUUACGGAGAAAUGCUGUAAAACUCCAUCUUUACCUCUCUCUCUCUCACUUUGGACGUUUGACCCGCUGGCAUGUUUGUGAGGUAACUUUUCCUCUCCUCUUGACUGUUAAAGCGAUACUUGUGGAUCCGAGUGUGCCUAAGGUACGAGUUUUCUUCACUGUGUCUAUUGUGGAUUACCCGUGAUAACCGCGUAUUAUACAUACAGACUGUAACCGCGGCUGUUCUUCCCGCCAUCGGGGAACAGCGCUUUCAUUUCUAAAGCCAAUCGCAGCUCUUUCUGUUGAGCGGAUGAAGACAAAUCAAAGAGGUGUAAAACCUCGCCUGUCAGCGCUCAAAAAGCAAGCGGGAUAAUAUUUACACGAGUUUAUUUGCUAUAAAUGCUCACGCUGUCUUCUGUGCAUGAGUUUUGUUUGAUACAUUAAGAAAGAGUGCUUUCUUUGAGCAGGUCAAAUAGUCAUAUGGCCAGAGCAACCAGUGUCUUCCGGUGGAAUGUUUAGAACGUCCGUUUACAACUGCUAAUUUGCA